CCCGACGUGCCUCCUGCGCCCAGAUCCCGCGCAAUCAUCACUCCUGCACCUGCUCUGCACCGAAUCUGCAUCAAUCUCCAGCUCUGCACUGCGCCAGCCUUCCUCUGCACCAAAUCCCCUUGCCGCCUGCUGCGCCGAACCAACGUUGCUUGCAUGCCUGCACUCUGUACCAGCAUCAUGACCCUGCACCGAGCCCUGCUGCACCCCUGCUGCUCUGCCUCUGCACGCUACAGCAGCUCUAGACAAAUUAACAUUAAUAUUGAUUGACAGAGCAAGGCUUUUUUAUUAUUUUUAUCUUUAUUUUUAUCUUUAUUUCGGGUAUAUAUAUAGAGAAAAAUCAGAUUGAAAGGGGGUUGGUUAGUUUUUGAAGUUUGAUAGAGAGGAGAGGUCGGUAUUGAUUUUGGGGGGGGUUGAUUUCGGGUCUGUUGCUGGGAGAUUGGUUGUGGUUGAUCUGGGGGGUUCUCUUUUGGUGGCGGGUUUCUCUUUUGGAGGGUUUUUCUUUUCGGAGAAGUUCUCUUGGUUGUUCUCUUUCCAGUCUGAGUUUGGGGUGUCGCUUGAGGACAGCGGGACGAUCACUGAGCUGAGCAAGAUUCUGCAUUUUUUUGGGUUUUCAUCUUAGGUAUUUUCCUGCAACAGAGGAGUCUUUUUGGGGAGGCAGUGAGGGGGAAUGAUCUAGGCUUGAUCUCGUGGGUGGGAUCCGCCAGAUCGGACUCCGAUCUGUUACCCAGAAAGCUCCGCCGUGUUUGUUUCUUUUGUCCUCCUGUUUCCGUGACAUGCUUUUGUGAUGUUUACGUUUGUAUAUGUUUACUGAAAAUCAAUGAAAGAUAAAAAAAAUGUUCAGUUUAUUUUGUGUGAUGAUUGUAUUUCCCUUUCUUUCUUUCUGUUAAUGAAUGUUUCAUUUUAUU